AUGAAUAUGGAGAAUAAUAUUCCAUCAAACAAUCUUGUUAGGUCUAGUAAUAAGAUCAGACAAAUAGUUAGGCUUCAGCAGCUGCUCAAGAAAUGGAAGAAGAUUGCAGCUGCAUCCCCCUCUUCUACUCACCUUCAACGCAAUAAUAGCAUCAAUAAAUUCCUCAAGAAAACCCUUUCAUUUUCAGACAAGGAUCACAAGGAGGACAACAUUAAUAAUAAUGUGCAUGUGGUUCCCAAAGGGUGCCUUGCAGUACUAUGUGUUGGCAAGGAAGGGGAAGAGAAGAGAUUCGUGAUCCCAAUGAGCUACUUGGCCCACCAUUCAUUUCAACUCCUCUUGAGAGAAGCUGAAGAAGAGUUUGGUUUUCAACAACAGGGAAUACUCAAGGUUCCUUGUCAAGUCUCCCUCUUUCAAAACAUUCUCAAAACCAUACAAUAUGAGACCCCACUCCCACCACCUUCUAAACAACCAAAUCAUGAUGAUAUUAAUAAUGAUGAUAAUAUCAUUCACAACGUCGGCUGCUGCUCUCCAGAAAAUCACCAACAACACAUUAUGCCUCCUCAAAUGUGCACUACUUGA